AAAUUCGUUUUAAAGUUGUGGAAUUUCAGUGAAUUUCUCGAGUUCUGCUAGUCGUUCGCAAUCAGUGGAAUUCGGCUCGCGCUUGUCUCCGCUCAAACGUUUGCCCAAUAAGAUUUCAACGAUUCCAAUCAAAUCUAUUACAAUAAAUUGCUCGCUACUCUGGUCUGUGCUGUGCUCGCGUUUGUCGUUCCGUGUCCGUGUGGCUGAUUGUCUGUCCGCCUGCUCUGGUUGCCUGUCUUUUUUAAAUGUCUUAAAUGCAACAUUUCCGCACGUGUGAAAUGAAAAUUUAAACAGUGAAUGAAAUAUAUAAAUCUAAAGUUACAAAACGCAUGAGCAAUGCGAUUUUGUUUUCCAUUGAUCUUAGCAAGCUGAAUGCCAAAAGUAGUCUUCAAGGAGGAAUACGCGACAAGCCAUGUUAUAAUUUGUAAAAUUGUUGUUAACCGGCGUUGAUAAAGAAUACAUGAAAAGUGCAAAUAUCGUCCAACAAAGAGUAUAUUUUGCGUUGAAAUGCUGUAGUGAUGUGGAUUAUUAUGCAAAUUAAGUGUUUUUGUGCCUUUCACAGAAUUUGCACAUUGAAAAUAUUUAAAAUACAAUAACAAGUUAUACUUUAAAUGUGUGCCUUGCUUGCUCACUUACACUCUCGUACAAAUUAUCUUGAUUAAAUAUUAUACUAAGAAUAAAGUAGAUCACAAUAAGGCAAAAGUCAUCAUAUAGUCUGCAAUUAAAGUAGCGAAACUAUAGUGCAAAAUUUUAACCGAAUCCCAAGUUGGAGAAAAAAAACGCAAACAGAACUGAGACGAGAUCAGAAAACAAAGAAAAAAUCUAUAUAUUUGUGGUUUUGCAAAAGUGAUUUGAUUGUGAUAUGACUACUAAAUAUCACAAGAAUGCAUCCAGCGGGCGAAAAAAGGGGUCGCCCCAAAAAUAAAUACACAGCCGAGGCUCUCGAAUCAAUCAAACAGGAUCUGACACGAUUUCAAGUUCAAAGGGAUAAUAGUGGAGCACAGAAUUUCACACCACUGCGCUACAAUGCCGUUAACGGCGGUCGUUCCGAUCCGCCGGACUACAUGCACGCAAAGCUGAUGGAACCCCUGCCUUCGGUGUCGCCUCUACCUGUUGCACCAUCGCCAAAUCCUCAACUUAAUGGACAUGUGCCAAAAGUUCUGCCACCGGGUCUUAUUUCAUCGAAAUUGAAUCGAAAGCCGAGUAUAGAACGGGAAAUUCCGCUUAACUAUCUACAGCGAUGCAGUCCGGCAUUGGAUUCUGGUGCAGGCAGUUCCCGCUCGGACAGCCCGCAUUCGCAUCAACAAGUCACAAAUGCUGGUCGCGUUGGCACUGGACAAUAUUCUCCGUCACCUUCCAGUUUUAGCGAUGUUGGACCCCCGGCACCCCCGCCUCGACAUCCGACAUCGGUGAAUUCCGCUACACCACCGCCGCCACCACCCAAUCAGCACUACAAAAGGCGAUCACCUGCUAAUACGAGACCAGCGGCGAUCACACCCAACUCGACAACACGCGGCACUUCGCCCGUUAUAGUGCGCAAUGGCAUUAAGGCACAACAACAAUUGUCACAAAUGAAGGCGCUCAGCCUAUAUCAGGCUGGCGGCAGCGCCGUUGAGCCACCGCCACCGCCAUAUCCUAUCAAUACAGUGGUGGUAGCCGCAUCAGCGCCGCCGCCUAGCUACACAGCUUCCAUGCAGUCGCGUCAGUCGCCCACACAGUCACAAUCGGACUAUCGCAAGUCACCCAGCAGUGGCAUAUACUCAGCCACCUCUGCCGGCUCACCCAGCCCCAUAACAGUGACAAAUAGCGCGAUACUGCCACUUCAGCCGACCGCUGUAGCGCGUCCACAGCCUCGCACCUACGCGCGAACUCAGCAGCCAAUCAUCAUGCAGAGUGUCAGAUCGACGCAGGUGCAAAAGCCGGUUCUUCAAACAGCAGUGGCGCCACAGACACCGGUCUCGGCGUCGGUCUGUAACUCGCCUGUACACAUUAUGCCCGCGCCACCAUCAUACCCUCAAAAAUCCGCCAUCGUAGUACAACAGCAGCAAGCAGCACAACAGCAAUCGCCACUUUUGGCUGGCGGCGUUCCUACCGUGCUGAGCACUGCAGGCAAGUCGACGACACCCACCACACCGCCGCUUAUAGCGAAUGCGCUAAACGGUACAGUGGUGAGCAAACCGCCCUGCAUUGAGCCACCUUCGUAUACGGUAACAAUGCAGGCAAAAGCUGCGCAGCAUCAUCAGCAACAACAGCAGCCUUCGGUGACAGUGACUGCAGCUCAACUGCGUGCAGCUGCAGCUGUGGCAUUGGCUGCACAACAACAACAGCAACAGCAGCAAAAACAGGUGGGCGCUGUGCCAGUGCCAACACGUCAAUUGCCUCCACCACCACCGUAUCAGAGCACACGCGCUGCCGCAGCGCCACCAACGCUCUCCGUUGCGGACAUGAGUGGCAACAAUAUGAUGGACAUGAAGGCAAAUAGUAAGGUGGCGCUGCACAACAAUUUGAUCAAUAAUAACCAAAUCACAAACAGCAAUUUGACAACAACACCGCCAAUACCGCCGGCGAAGAAUAGUGGUGGUAGUGGUGGCACAACCAGUUCAGGCAGUGGUGGGGGUACAUCGCCAGCAACAUCUGGGGGCGGCGCAGCCGGAGGUGCCGUAAACAAAGGAAGUGGCAGCGGAGGUGAAAAAGUCAAGCACGCCUCCCCUAUACCCGAGCGAAAAAAAGUCUCCAAGGAAAAGGAGGAAGAGCGCAAAGAAUGCCGCAUUACGCAGUACUCCCCUCAGGCCUAUAAAUUCUAUAUGGAACAACACAUCGAAAACGUGAUCAAGUCAUGCAAGCAACGAGCCUACCGCAAGAAUCAACUCGAGAAGGAGAUGUCACGCAUGUGUUUACCGCAGCAGGCGCAAGUAGAAAUGCGAAAAAUGCUAAGCCAAAAGGAGAGUAAUUACAUACGCUUGAAACGCGCCAAAAUGAACAAGAGUAUGUUUGAGAAAAUUAAGGACAUCGGUUUGGGCGCAUUCGGUGAGGUGUCGCUGGUGAGAAAAAUCGACACAACGAACCAUCUGUACGCCAUGAAGACGCUACGGAAGGCGGAUGUUUUGAAGCGUAAUCAGGUGGCGCAUGUGAAAGCAGAACGUGAUAUUUUAGCGGAGGCCGAUAACAACUGGGUUGUUAAAUUAUAUUAUAGUUUUCAGGAUAAGGAAAAUUUAUAUUUUGUGAUGGAUUAUAUACCGGGUGGCGACUUGAUGUCUCUAUUAAUUAAGAAAGGCAUAUUUGAAGAACCUUUGGCGCGAUUUUACAUUGCGGAAUUGACAUGCGCUGUUGAAAGUGUACACAAAAUGGGUUUUAUUCAUAGGGAUAUUAAACCUGACAAUAUACUCAUCGAUAGGGAUGGUCACAUAAAAUUGACAGAUUUUGGAUUAUGCACGGGAUUUAGAUGGACACACAAUUCGAAAUAUUAUCAAGAAAAUGGCAAUCAUUCGAGACAAGAUUCAAUGGAGCCAUGGGAAGAGUACUCUGAAAGUGGGCAUCGACCAACAGUUUUAGAAAGGCGACGCAUACGCGAUCAUCAAAGGGUACUGGCGCAUUCACUAGUGGGCACGCCAAAUUACAUCGCUCCAGAAGUGCUCGAACGUAGCGGUUAUACGCAGCUUUGUGAUUGGUGGAGCGUUGGUGUUAUACUCUAUGAGAUGUUAGUCGGACAACCGCCAUUCUAUGCGAAUACUCCAGUAGAAACACAACAAAAAGUAAUUAAUUGGGAGAAAACUCUACACAUACCGUCGCAGGCAAAACUCACGCCGGAAGCUACUGACCUGAUACGUCGUCUUUGUUCGUCGGCCGAUAAGCGUCUUGGCAAAAAUACAGAAGAAGUUAAAGCGCAUCUGUUUUUCAAGGGCGUCGAUUUUGCUGAUAUGCGGCAGCAAACUGCGCCCUAUAUUCCAAAGAUUGAAUUUCCCACAGACACGUCCAAUUUUGAUCCAAUUGAUCCGGAUAAAUUACGUUCGAAUAAUUCAAAUUUAAGUGGAGAUGAUUGUGCUGAUAGCGACAGACAGUUCCAUGGAUUUUUCGAAUUUACAUUUAGGAGAUUUUUCGAUGAUAGAUUCAAUCCUGAGAUGACGGACGAUCAUUCAGCAUAUCAGGAUGUCGGAAAUACAACACAGAGCAAUCAUAAUGCAAACGAACAGUUUAUUUAGUCGUUUAAGUUAUUGCUAGGAAAAAUUUAUAUAAAAUAGCAAGUAUGAGAAAUGAUGUAUAUGUAGUUAGUUAUGUAGUUAAUUAAUGUAAUCCCACAAAAAUCUCCUAGUUUGAAGUUUGAAUAAGAGCAAAGUUAUAGUAGACUGUUAAUGCAAUAUUUAAUAUAAAAAAUAUUAUACUAUCACCCACCGUUACUAAAAAGAAAAAGGAAAAAAAGCAAACAAAACAGAAAACAUAACGUACAGGAACUAUUGAGCACAUAUAACAGUAGAAAUGAGUACUGCUACUAACGCACUAAGCAGGGCUAGUUUACUGGGGAAGGAACCCCGCAUGGCACUAAGCACCUAAUCAAGUGCCUCUUAAACGCAAUCAUCUAAUACCCGUUUCCCUUUAGGCCCACAUUCUCGAAACAGCAUGUUUCUUGGGCCUACCGUUAGAUGAGAUUGACGAUGAUGAACGGUGACUUCAACGUGCCUGACAGGGUUUGAAAAACUUCUACAACAACAACAAAUACUGCUACUAGUAAGCAUCUAAGCGCAUAUGCAUACCAUAACGAUCACCAAAUUAACUGUUCUUAAGGUCAAAAUGAAAAAGAGCUUUUGAGUUAGAUAUGUAUUCGCACAGUACAAAUUAUUUCCGAUACAUAUUUGGACAACCGCUAAAGUGACGUAAAAUUUAUCUAAAAUAUAAAAGUAUGUUUACAAACGGUUUUGUUUUUGUUUGUGUUGGUAAUUGAACGCACUUCCAAAUCAUAUUUAAAGGAAAAUGGAAUAGUUUAGGAUUUUAUAUGGGAAUUGAAAUUAAAUGUUUUUCUCGAAAAUAAUUGAGAGACUAUCACUUUUUGUGGCAAUUAAUUUUUUUUUUAAUGUGCGCUUUUAUGGAAAAAGUGGCCAAGAGAAAAUUCUUUAAAAUUUUUUAUUGUUUGAAUUAGAGAUUGUUGUUUAGACUCUCAAAUCCACACUUUCAAAAGACUUAAAAUCCUC